CCCUCCUCGAAAUAAUUCCCAAGGCCAUUUUCCGGAACCAGUUUUCGGUAGUCUCUCGUUGCAGAGUCUCCUCUCCUUUCUGUCUCUUUUUCUCUCUUUCUCUGUUUGUCUCUGCAGUUCAUCGUCCUCCGCCGUUCACGGAUUCUUCGAUCGGACGAAACAUCAAUCACAAUCCAUGACUAUGAUGACCCCGCCGCCGCUAGAUCAGGAAGACGACGAGAUGUUGGUCCCUCAUUCGGAUUUCACCGAAGGUCCCCAGCCAAUGGAAGUAGUUGCGCAAGCGGAGACUGCAAGUACGGUUGAAAACCAGCCAGUGGAGGAUCCUCCAUCGUCGAGAUUCACGUGGACAAUAGACAACUUUACUAGGUUGAACACCAAGAAACACUACUCUGAUGUUUUCUUUGUUGGGGGUUUUAAAUGGCGGGUGCUCAUUUUUCCAAAAGGAAACAACGUGGACCAUUUGUCCAUGUAUCUAGAUGUUGCAGAUUCGGCAAAUUUGCCUUACGGAUGGAGUAGAUAUGCUCAAUUCAGCUUGGCUGUGGUUAAUCAAAUUCAUAGCAAAUACACAGUUAGAAAAGAUACACAGCACCAAUUCAAUGCUCGAGAGAGUGACUGGGGUUUUACGUCGUUCAUGCCUCUCAGUGAACUAUAUGACCCUGGUAGAGGAUAUCUUGUGAAUGACACAGUAAUAGUUGAAGCUGAGGUUGCUGUCCGGAGGGUUGUGGAUUAUUGGACAUAUGACUCGAAAAAGGAAACAGGUUAUGUUGGACUUAAGAACCAAGGAGCAACCUGUUACAUGAAUUCUCUCCUCCAGACUUUGUACCAUAUCCCAUACUUUAGAAAGGCUGUAUACCAUAUGCCAACAACUGAGAAUGAUAUGCCAUCAGGGAGCAUCCCCCUGGCUCUACAGAGCUUAUUCUAUAAGGUUCAGUACAGUGACAACAGUGUUGCGACGAAAGAGCUGACCAAAUCUUUUGGAUGGGACACAUAUGAUUCAUUCAUGCAACAUGAUGUACAGGAACUUAAUAGAGUUCUUUGUGAAAAGCUGGAAGAUAAAAUGAAGGGAACUGUUGUGGAGGGUACAAUACAACAGUUGUUUGAAGGGCACCAUAUGAAUUACAUUGAAUGCAUUAAUGUGGACUACAAGUCUACAAGGAAAGAGUCAUUUUAUGACCUUCAGCUUGAUGUCAAAGGCUGUCGAGAUGUCUAUGCUUCUUUUGACAAGUACGUGGAAGUUGAACGCCUUGAGGGUGAUAACAAAUAUCAUGCUGAGCAACAUGGACUACAGGAUGCUAGGAAGGGUGUCCUGUUCAUUGACUUCCCUCCUGUCCUUCAGCUUCAGCUAAAACGAUUUGAGUAUGAUUUUAUGCGGGACACUAUGGUGAAGAUAAAUGAUCGUUAUGAGUUCCCUUUGCAAUUGGACCUUGAUCGAGAUAAUGGAAAAUAUUUGUCGCCGGAUGCAGAUCGGAGAGUUCGCAACCUUUAUACACUUCACAGUGUUUUGGUUCACAGUGGUGGCGUGCAUGGUGGACAUUAUUAUGCUUUUAUCAGGCCGACCCUAUCUGAUCAAUGGUUCAAGUUUGAUGAUGAACGGGUAACCAAGGAAGAUGUAAAGAGAGCCUUGGAAGAGCAGUAUGGUGGUGAGGAAGAGUUGCCGCAGACAAAUCCUGGCUUCAACAACACUCCAUUUAAAUUUACGAAGUACUCCAAUGCAUACAUGCUUGUGUAUAUACGUGAAAGUGACAAAGAGAAAAUAAUUUGUGAUGUGGAUGAGAAGGACAUAGCUGAACACCUAAGGAUAAGGUUGAAGAAAGAACAGGAAGAAAAGGAGCACAAGAAAAAGGAAAAAGCAGAGGCACACCUUUAUACAAUCAUAAAGGUUGCACGGAAUGAGGAUCUCAUUGAACAGAUUGGGAAGGAUAUUUAUUUUGAUCUUGUGGAUCAUGAUAAAGUCCGGAGCUUCCGUAUUCAAAAACAAAUGCCUUUUAUCCUUUUUAAGGAGGAGGUUGCGAAAGACUUUGGUAUUCCAGUGCAAUAUCAGCGCUUUUGGCUGUGGGCCAAGCGUCAAAACCAUACAUAUCGUCCAAACCGGCCAUUGACUCACCAGGAAGAGCAACAAUCUGUUGGACAGUUGAGGGAGGUUUCAAAUAAAGCUCAUAAUGCAGAACUUAAGUUAUUCUUGGAAGUGGAGCUUGGGCCGGAUUUGCAUUCUAUUCCUCCACCGGACAAGACAAAAGAGGAUAUUCUGCUUUUCUUCAAGCUAUAUGAUGCUGAGAAAGAAGAGCUCCGGUAUGUUGGAAGGCUUUUUGUUAAGGGUAUUGGUAAGCCAGUGGAUAUCCUUACAAAACUAAAUGAAAUGGCUGGCUUUGCCCCCAAUGAAGAAAUUGAGCUCUAUGAGGAAAUUAAGUUUGAGCCUACUGUCAUGUGUGAACAUAUCGACAAGAAACUCACUUUUCGAUCUAGCCAGCUUGAAGAUGGGGACAUAAUUUGUUUUCAAAAGUGUACUCCAGUUGACAGUGAUGAACAAUACCGUUAUCCUGAUGUGCCAUCAUUUUUGGAAUAUGUACACAAUCGCCAGGUGGUUCAUUUCCGAUCUCUAGAGAAACCAAAGGAGGAUGAUUUUUGUCUGGAGCUGUCAAAGCUUUUCACAUAUGAUGAUGUUGUUGAAAGAGUUGCUCGUCAACUUGGUUUGGAUGAUGCAUCCAAAAUUAGGCUCACAUCCCACAAUUGUUACUCUCAGCAGCCUAAACCCCAACCAAUUAAGUACAGGGGGGUGGAGCAUUUAUCAGACAUGCUGGUCCACUACAAUCAGACUUCCGAUAUCUUGUAUUAUGAAGUAUUGGAUAUCCCUCUACCAGAAUUGCAAGGUUUGAAAACUCUAAAAGUUGCUUUCCACUCGGCCGUAAAGGAUGAGGUGGUCAUUCAUAGUAUAAGGCUUCCAAAACAGAGCACAGUAGCGGAUGUAAUUAAUGACCUAAAAACUAAGGUUGAGCUGUCUCAUCCCAAUGCAGAACUCAGAUUGCUUGAAGUUUUCUAUCACAAAAUCUAUAAGAUCUUUCCUCCAAGUGAAAAGAUAGAGAACAUAAAUGAUCAAUACUGGACACUGCGAGCUGAGGAGAUUCCCGAAGAAGAGAAAAACCUUGGUCCUCAUGAUCGCUUGAUUCAUGUUUACCACUUCACAAAAGAUACUUCCCAAAACCAGAUGCAGGUUCAGAACUUUGGAGAACCCUUUUUCUUGAUCAUUCAUGAAGGUGAAACUUUAGCUGAAGUUAAAUUGCGUAUACAGAAGAAAUUGCAGGUCCCAGAUGAGGAGUUUGCAAAGUGGAAGUUUGCAUUUCUGUCAUUGGGUCGUCCUGAAUAUCUUCAAGAUUCUGACAUUGUAUCCAGUCGUUUUCAGAGAAGAGAUGUUUAUGGAGCUUGGGAGCAAUAUCUCGGACUGGAGCACUCUGACAGUGCUCCUAAAAGGGCUUAUGCGGCCAAUCAGAAUCGACAUACAUUUGAGAAGCCGGUAAAAAUCUACAACUAGGUAAAAGUUGGCAAACCUCCGCCAAAGCAUUGGCUGAACCCUAUAGCCUCCAAUGCAUGUGUCGGUGUGAAAACGGGGAAAGAAACAAGAAAGGUCAACAAGAUUCCAAAAGGCUAACAAUUAUUGGAAGCUAUGCAUUGAGGUGGUGUCUGCAGGGUUCAGUAAUCAGUUUUAUUGGUUAUCUACUCUUUAUUUCCAGUGUGGGUGGGGGAGAGACUUCCCUAAUGCGGUGUGUUUCUUCUGGCAUCGGCGGCGACAACCCCCUCGAGUUCGAUUUUCUUUUUCUUUUUUUUCUGAAGCCCCCUUGUGUGCGAGGUCGGUGAUCUUUUAUCAUCAUUUUCAGUGUAAUCUAGAAGUACAUAAGAAGAUUUUGCACUAGGGUUGUAUACAGGGUAUAGCUUGCUGUCAUUGACAUUUUUUUUUGUUUUAAUUAUGUUUUAUACCCUCAUUAGAUGUCUCUAAGUUGAUGCGGGGGUUGUACAGUGGUUUGUUAAUGCCGCUGAUUCUGGCGUUUCAGUUUGUAUUAAAGGAAGUACCGUGUUCUUCAGCUCUCAGAUUGGCUAUACAAGGCCAUUU